AUGCAGGGAGCCCACCUGCUGGUGCUGCUGCUGCUGCUGGGCCUCAGGAUACAGCUCUCUCUCGGAUUCAUCCCAGCUGAGGAGGAAGAUCCAGCCUUCUGGAACCACCAGGCAGCCCAGGCUCUGGACACCGCCAAGAAGCUGCAGCCCAUCCAAACAGCCGCCAAGAACCUCAUUCUCUUCCUGGGGGACGGGAUGGGGGUGCCCACAGUGUCAGCAGCUCGGAUCCUAAAGGCGCAGAUGAAUGGCAAGCUGGGACCUGAGACCCCCCUGGCUAUGGACAAAUUCCCAUUCCUGGCUCUGGCCAAGACAUACAACGUGGACAGACAAGUGCCAGACAGUGCAGGCACGGCCACAGCCUACCUGUGUGGUGUCAAGACCAACUACCGGACCAUUGGUGUGAGUGCAGCAGCCCGGUACAACCAGUGCAACACAACACAUGGCAACGAGGUCAUCUCCGUGAUGAACCGGGCCAAGAAAGCAGGGAAGUCAGUGGGGGUGGUGACCUCAACGAGGGUGCAGCAUGCCUCACCAAGCGGCACCUACGCGCACACGGUGAACCGCGAAUGGUACUCAGAUGCAGACAUGCCCACCCAGGCGCUGAAGGACGGCUGUCGGGACAUCGCCACGCAGCUCAUCACCAACAUGGACAUUGAUGUGAUCCUGGGUGGAGGCCGCAAGUACAUGUUUCCCAAAGGGACCCCAGACCCUGAGUACCCUGGUGAUGCCUCAAAGAGCGGAGUCAGGUUGGACAUGCGGAACCUGGUCCAGGAGUGGCAGGCCAAGCACGAGGGUGCCCGGUAUGUGUGGAACCGAACAGCGCUCAUUCAGGCGUCCCAGGACUCCUCUGUAACACACCUCAUGGGCCUCUUUGAGCCAGGGGACAUGAACUAUGAGGCCAAACGAGACACCCAGCAGGACCCAAGCCUGAAGGAGAUGACAGAGGCCGCCUUGCGUCUGCUGCGCAGGAACCCCCGGGGCUUCUACCUGUUCGUGGAGGGCGGCCGCAUUGAUCAAGGUCAUCAUGCGGGAAGAGCUUACUACGCACUGACAGAUGCUGUCGCUUUUGAUGACGCCAUUGACAGGGCCAGCCAGCUCACAAGCGAGAAGGACACCCUGACCCUCGUCACUGCUGACCACUCUCACGUCUUCACUUUUGGUGGCUACACUCUGCGUGGCAGCUCCAUUUUCGGGUUGGCUCCUGAGCCAGCCUCGGACGGGAAGACCUACACCUCCAUCCUUUAUGGCAAUGGCCCGGGCUUUGCAAUCAAUGGGGGCUCCCGUCCCAACGUCAGUGACAGCCAGAGCGGUGACCCCAACUACAAGCAGCAGGCGGCAGUGCCCCUGUCGUCUGAGACUCACGGUGGUGAGGACGUGGCGGUGUUUGCGCGUGGUCCGCAGGCGCACCUGAUGCACGGUGUGCAGGAGCAGAGCGUGGUGGCCCAUGUCAUGGCCUUCGCCGCCUGCUUGGAGCCCUACACCGCCUGCGGCCUGGAGCCCCCCACCAGCACCAGCAUCCCCGACGCUGCGCACCCAGGACUGUCCACAGGCCCCUCACUGGCUUUGGUGAUUGGGGCACUGUGGCUGAUACUGCUGGGCUGA